AUGUAUGUUAUCAUGUUCUUUCUAUUAGCUCUAUGCAAAUGCAUCGCCUUUCACUUGCUUCUAAUAAACCAAAGCAUCUUCGGUGAUAUACGUUCUUUCUAUUAGCUCAAAUAAAUUUGUUGUUGUGUUGUUGUUGGUUGUGCACUCUUUUGUAGAAAUCAUGAGGGAAGAAAAAGAAAACCCUUCAGAGAACAGGUCCAAAGUUUCAAAAUUAUCUGAUCAAAACCAACCCCCAAAGCCUCAAACCACCAAGGGAACCAACCCCAACAACAACGGCUCCAAAACCAGGUUGUGGGGUGCUCACAUUGUGAAGGGUUUCUCUGCUGACAAAAAAGCAAAGCCCUUUGCCACCAAAAAACAAACACUAACAUCUUCAACAGCAACCUCGGAGAAUGUCGUUGUUGCAAACCAGAAGAGCAACGGCAGCAACCCUUUUGUACCUUCUCAUUCCAGAGUGAAGAGGUCUCUCAUAGGUGACUUGUCAUGUUCAAUCAACCCUGCUCAGGUUCAUCCACAUGCAUUCCCAACUCACAGGAGACAGUCUUCCACUGAUUUGUUCACUGAGUUGGACCACAUGAGGGGGUUGUUGCAAGAGUCUAAGGAGAGGGAGUGCAAGCUGAAUGCUGAGCUGGCAGAGUGUAGGAAGAGGGUGAGUGAGGUGGAUGAGAUUGUGAAGAGGGUUGGGUUGUUGGAACAGGAGAAGGUCACUCUCACUGAGCAAUUGGCUGCAUUGACUUGUGAGGAAGUGAAAGGGGAAGUAGAACAGCACAAGGAAGUGAAAGUGCAGAAUCUUGAGCUGGAAGUUGUGGAGUUGAGGAGGCUGAAUAAGGAGCUGCAGAUGCAGAAACGGAACCUCACUUGCAGGCUUUCUUCUAUUGAGGCUCAAUCACAUUGUCCUGAUAAAUCUUCUGAGAGUGACGUUGUUGCCAAAAUUAAAGCCGAGGCAUCAUUGCUGAGGGUCACGAAUGAAGACCUAUGCAAACAAGUGGAAGGUUUGCAGAUAAGCAGAUUGAAUGAGGUUGAAGAGCUUGCCUACUUGAGGUGGGUGAAUUCAUGUUUAAGAAACGAGUUGAAGAACACAUGCUCAGCAUUGGAUUCUGAUAAGCCAUCUAGUCCUCACACGGUUGUGAGCAGUAGUGGAGAUUGUGUAAGUUCUUUCUCUGAUCAAGCCAAUAGGUACUUAAAUUGUGGCAGUGCAAAUAGGUUCAACAUGAUGAAGAAGCCAAAAAAGUGGCCCAUAACAUCACAAGAAGAGUUUCAAGGCAGUCUCAUUGAGAAAAAUUGUAUUGAAUCAGAUGUUGCAGGGGGAAGCCCCAGAAGAAGGCACUCUAUCAGUGGAUCAAACUACUCAGAGGAAGAGGUUGUUUUGAGUAAGAGAAGACAGUCUGAUUAUUUUGUAUGUUCAAAGGAAAUGGAAAAGGAAUCAGUGUCAUUGUCUUUUCAACAAUCUGGUGUGGAGGUUGUCCAAAGACCACAAUAUUUUGGAAAUUGCCAAGAAACUAACAAGCUUUUGGUUUCUUCAGAUGUUGAGAAAAGGGCCCUACGCAUUCCUAAUCCUCCUCCAAGACCUUCAUGUUCUAUUUCAAGCAAAAUAAAAGAAGAAAGUUCUGCUCAAGUUCUACCUCCCCCACCUCCACCUCCUCCCCCACCUCCUAUGAAUUUUGCAUCAAAAAGUAACACAGCAACUGUGAAAAGAGCCCCACAAGUGGUGGAAUUGUAUCAUUCACUUAUGAAGAGAGACUCUAGAAAGGAUUCUUCAAAUGGAGGACUAUCUGAUGCACCGGAUGUUGCUGAUGUUCGUAGCAGCAUGAUUGGAGAAAUUGAAAACCGUUCAUCACACUUGCUUGCUAUAAAGGCAGAUAUUGAGACUCAGGGAGAAUUUGUGAAUUCAUUGAUUAGAGAGGUGAAGAACGCAGUUUAUCAGAACAUAGAAGAUGUGGUGGCAUUUGUGAAGUGGCUAGAUGAUGAACUGUGUUUCCUUGUGGAUGAGAGAGCAGUCCUUAAGCAUUUUGAUUGGCCAGAGAAGAAAGCCGACACAUUAAGAGAAGCAGCAUUUGGGUAUCAAGAUUUGAAGAAAUUAGAAUCUGAAGUUUACUCCUACAAGGAUGAUCCUCGUCUACCUUGUGAUAUUGCUCUAAAGAAAAUGGUUGCAUUGUCUGAAAAGAUGGAGCGUACAGUUCAUAACCUUCUUCGCACAAGAGAGUCACUAAUGCGUCACUGCAAGGAGUUUCAAAUUCCCAUAGAAUGGAUGCUUGACAAUGGAACUAUUGGCAAGAUAAAGCUAAGCUCAGUUAAAUUGGCUAAAAAGUAUAUGAAAAGGGUAGCUAUGGAACUUCAGGUAAAGUCAGCAUUAGAAAAAGAUCCUGCAAUGGAUUACAUGCUUCUCCAAGGAGUGAGAUUUGCUUUUCGAAUCCAUCAGUUUGCUGGAGGAUUUGAUGCAGAAACAAUGCAUGCAUUUGAGGAGCUUCGCAAUCUGGCUUCUCUUCUUAACAAAACAUAAGAUGGAGUGAAUGGUGAUGAUGGGGUUUAGCUUACCAUCUCAGUAAGCCAUAUACUAACAUGUUCAUAGCUGCAAUCAGAUUGGUUUGGUCUGAGUUUGCAUCACAUUUUGGUAGUCAAAAAUAGCCAACAUUUUGUUAUAUGUACAAACCAGGUCCCUUUCUAAAAAUAUCAGUUGUUGCUAGAAUUUGCAUAGCAACAUCAACAUCAAAUUAUGUUGUGUUAUUGAAUUAUAUAAGUGAGAGCUGGUUGGAAGAAACUAUUCCAUAAUUA